AUUGCAGACAUGUCCGACAGUGUUCCUACUUCCCCCCGGAAGGGGAGUACGGCCAACCACUCGCUGUUGGGCGCGGAGGUGAAGCGGAAGCCGAAGGCCGGCCGGCGGAAGGCGCCCUCUAAGACUUUCGAGAAACUGCCUUGCAUGGAAGAGGACGAGUUCAGCGAUGUAACAAUAGUGGUUGGAGACAAGCGCCUAUACUUCAACAAAUGCAUUCUCUGCUACAACUCACCCGUCUUCCGGAAGCAGCUCACAGAGGACGGUGCCGGGGCCGGAUCCGGGGCCAGCACUAGCAGAGGCGGCAAGAACACCGCCAGUAAAUCUUCCAAGGACAAGGACCUAGACCUGUCGGACAAGCGCUUUGAUGACGUCUGUGAGCUCAUCUCGUUCAUUGAUCCACGUGUGGAGACUAACGUGAAAGAAAUGGAUUGUUACCGCCUUUUGCCGCUUGCGGAAGAGUACGAGAUUAAGCCUCUGCUGAAGUCGUGUGAGACCAGCCUAACCGAGUCCUUCGCCAACAUGCGGAAGGGGCGGCGAGCGGGGUCCGUGGCCACCGACGUCACUAUGCAGCACCUAAGUUGUGCCGACAAAUACAACUUCAGCGAUCUUCAGGAAAUGUGCAUGGAGGAACUCGUUGCCAAUGACAACCCCUUUAGCGGGAAAAUCGUUGCGGAUAGUCAGGAACUUUCCGAGCACGUGAAACGUCAGGUGCUGGAGCGGAAGUUGGACAGGGUGAACAUGGUGCUUGCGCGGGAGCGUCGCAUUAACACGGAGCGGGACCAGUCGCGUGACACUAAAGGAGGGAAAAUAUGGCGGAAAUAGACAAUAUACAUAAUAUUUACAUUUAUUUGGUAGUUGCCGCGGACUUGCAUUUUCAUAUUUUAGACUGCAAUUUUAUCUUCAAAAUUGUUCCCGUUUCGUUAUGCUUGUUAUUUAGAAUACAUACUUAUUUAUUAUUAUUAAACAUAAAAGAAGCA